AAAAUAAUUACGUGUAUUAUUAUUUGGUUCUUGUUCUUUUGUUUUCUAGACUUUUGUACGCAGAAAAAUUGGAGAGGGUAAAAAAUGAAGGUAAGCGGGGAGAUGAAGUUAACAUUUAACUUCAUGUUUACCAAAGAAAGAAAAGUGAAUAGUUAUAAGAGCGUUUUGUUUGUUUGUGAGUAGUGAUAGAGAGGGAUGAAGAUGAUGACAAGUUCUUCUUCUUCCUUCCUUACCUUUCUCAGCCACCAUAUAUUUCCCCCUCCUGUGGGUUCCAAGCUGCUUUCAAUGCAAUUCUCCUUCUCUCUUACCCUCACCCUCUCUCUCUCUCUCUCUCUCUCUCUCUCUCUCUCCCUUGUGUGAUGAAAUGAACCAGUAUCAUGAGAUCACACACAGAAACUCAUCACCCAAAAAAGAAAGGAGUAGCUCUUUGCUGAAUUGAAAAGCUCAGAAAAAGAAAUUAGGAAACCCCUUUCUUUCCCUUUUUCCCAGUACUCCUCUUUCUUUCCUUCCACAACAAAAGCUGCACCUCAUCGACCGAAAGCCAAGGACCAAGACCCAGAAGCAUCAACACUCAACACCCAAAGCUGAUCUCCAUUUCCAUUUCCAUCUCUCUCUCUCUCUCUUGGUUUCCAAUUCCAUGAUUACUCUAGAAGAAGCCCACAGCACAGUGACUUCAACUUCUAGCUAGGUUCAUCACAUAAAAAGAAGAAGCAAAAAAGAUAAAGAUUGGAAUCACUACUUUUCCUUCUAGCUAGCUAGUACUAUAGUUACCCACCAGUCCACUAGUGUUCCAUUCCAUUCCAUUCCAUUCCAUUCCAUUCCAUAACAAACAAACUAUGUUCCCCAACUUAUCCUCAUCUUCCCCUCCCUCCUCCUUAGAAAAUGAAACCGCCACCGCUCCCACCGCCACCACCAACAAGCGCAAGCGCCGCCCCGCCGGCACUCCAGAUCCAGAUGCGGAGGUGGUGUCGCUGUCGCCGCGGACGCUGAUGGAGUCGGACAGGUACGUGUGCGAGAUCUGCAACCAAGGUUUCCAGCGGGACCAGAACCUGCAGAUGCACCGCAGGCGCCACAAGGUCCCCUGGAAGCUGCUCAAGAGGGAGACGUCCGUGGUGAUCAGGAAGCGGGUGUUCGUCUGCCCGGAGCCGAGCUGCCUGCACCACGACCCCUGCCACGCCCUGGGCGACCUGGUGGGGAUCAAGAAGCACUUCAGGAGGAAGCACAGCAACACCAGGCAGUGGGUGUGCGACAAGUGCUCCAAGGGAUACGCCGUCCAGUCCGACUACAAAGCCCACCUCAAGACUUGCGGCACCCGCGGCCACUCCUGCGACUGCGGCCGAGUCUUCUCCAGGGUGGAGAGUUUCAUAGAGCAUCAGGACGCUUGCAGCAUGGGCCGGCAGACGCAUUCUCCGCCCAACUUGCACCACCACCACCAACAACAACAACAGCAAACUGCCUGCCUGUCUCGGACAGGAUCCAGCCCCAGCCCCUCCAGCGAAACCGCCGCGCCAUGGCCCAUGAUCGGCCCAACACGUCCAUCACAACAACAACAUCACCUCAGGCUCAGCCAGCAACCCCCUCCUCCGCCGCCUCCAUCGGCACCGUCCACAUCCGACCACCGUGGUAGCGGCGGCAGGGGGAUCAUGUUGAUGAGCAGUACGAUAACGGCUACUCCAACUUCCCACUCCUUCCACAAUCUCGACCUCCAGCUGUCGGUUGGGUCGUCCUCCGAAUCGAACCGGAUCCACAGUGCGGAGAUGAGGGUGGCGAUGGCGGAGAAGGCGUACGCGGAGGAGGUGAGGACAGAGGCGAAGCGGCAGAUCCAGCUGGCGGAGGAAGAGUUCACCAACGCCAAGAGGAUACGCCAGCGGGCCCAGGCUGAGCUGGACAAGGCCCACGCUCUCAAACAACACGCCGUCAACCAGAUGAUCCACCACUUCACCUGCGCCACCUGCAGGCACAACCUUCAGGCCACGACGCCGCCGCCGCCGCCGGAUGAGAAUUCCUUGGCGCUCAGUUACAUGUCGUCCGGGAUAACGGAUCAUGGGGAAGUCGAGAAACGAAGAUCCGACGGCUGAUCAUAUAACUGGUGUGGUGAUCACUCACUACUACUAUUAUUAUUGCUAUGAUUAUUAAAUUAAAUUAACAGCGUUUUUUAAUAAGUGGACCUGUGAAUUCAUUUCUAUAUAUUCUCCGGUUCCUUAAUUAUAUAUAUAUAUUUGAAAGCCUUUUUCAUUCAUUAACAUGUGUUAGAUUCUUUGUUUCUUUCUCGGGGCCAUUUGGGUUUCUGUUUUAUUUGUGAUUCAUUAGUAUCUUUUUGGGGGUGGGGUGAGAUUAUAAUUUAUGAGAUAGGGUUUCUCAUUGAUCUGUAAGUUCUUUUUCUUAUUUUACGGUGUAUGUGUGGCGUUAUUUAUUUGUUCAUUAGUUAUGUUGGUGGAAAUUCUUGGAAAGAUGAAAAACAAUAAACAAUAAAAUCAAAGCAAUUAUUAAAGUUGUUUAUAGCAGGUGUAUUCCGAUUUAUGAUGUAUUUAUUUGGUUGCAAAAUAAAAUUAUGUAUUUCUAUUUAGCUUCUACGAAUGAGGAAUUUUACAAUGCUUUAAGGUAUUGGGGUUUUAGUUUUUGUCUACUUUAUGGUGCAACUUGAAGUUGUACAUUUAACGUUAUGGUAGAAUUUUAGGUUGUACCUAUACUAUUUUGUAAAAUUCAUUUAUGAUACAAACUAAAAUUGUAUAUUUAUGUUAUGAUAUAAUUUGAAGUUGUACCACAACAUAAAAGUCAAAUUUCUUUAGGUAUUUAGGUACAACUUUAAAUUAUACUUUAAACCAUCAAUACUUUAAAGUAUAGUAGAAGACCGAUUAUGUGCACGUUCCAGUAGUUGGUUUAUUAAGGAAUAUGUGGUAAAAUAGUCCUGCACUUUCAGUGAUUAACUAGCUAGUUUUGAACUCCGACAGUGAAGUUGAAGGAUACAAUCUGUUUAGGGACCUUUAGUUAGACAGCUCAACGCACAAUAGUUUUUGUGCUAGUGACUUUUAAUUAAGUACGAGACGAAAUGAGUAGUCCUACAUUAUUCUCGUUGCAAAUUUGGAAGGAAAUAAUCAUCAUAUGUAUUAUUGUUAGCUUAGUUUGGCUCUGUUGUACCUUUUGUGGCUGGAGCUUUUAGAUAAGUACUUUUAAAAAACAGCAGUUGAGUGUUUGGCUGUAAAACUAUUAGAAGUGCUUUUAAUAUAAGAGGUUGUGUAAAAUGAUUAUAAAGGACUUAUAAUAUAAAAUAUGAAUAAAAAUUAUAAACAAUAAAAAGUAGUCAAAAUGGAUCUUGUUAGAUUUCUUUUAUAUUAUAUAAUAUGAUUUUAUAAUUUAUUUUAUUUUUAAAAUGAUAUAAAUGAAGGAAAAUUAUAUUUUCUGAAAUAGAAUUAAAAUAUGGUAAGAAUAAUCUUGUAUUUUCAAAAUAACUUUUCGCAGAAGCUCCAAAUCGGAGCUUAUGCUUUUAUGUUAUACAAAAGCGCUUUUCGGCUUUUCAAAAGCCGAGUUUUUACAGGUGUCUGCUUGAGCUUUUGAACCCGAAAAUCACUUCUAAAAGCCGGACCAAAAAUAAGGGUUAUAUAAUGCUUGUAGUUCCUUUAAUCGUUUUUCUGCUGCUCAAAGCAUGAAAGACGAAUAUUUGCUGAAAAAGGUCGUUCAAAUUAAAUGCGCCUUGUGGAUAGAGUCGGUUUAAGAGACAUAAUUUAUGAGAUUGACCUUGUAACAAAAGCUUAUUGAAAGGGAGGAGACAAAAAAGCCGAUCUUGAUUGUAGUAUAAAGAACUGCAAAGCUGAUUAUCACUAUAAAAAUUGUUAUAAGAACCGAAUCGCAUCAACGACUGCACCAGUAGAACCGUCAUACCGGUUAUGAUAGCGGUUUGAUUCAUUGUUCGGACGAUUAUUGAUGGACUAAACGACUUUUCAAGGC